AGUUGACUGAGCGCAUUGUAUUCGUUUGUUUGUGUUUUAUCGUAAAGAUGACUUCGGCUCACAGUCUAGUAUCUGCAGUAGACGAGUUGAUAAGUAUUACAACUGUCCUGACGACUGGUUACGAGCAUGACGAAUCAGAGUUUCUAAAAUUCGUUGCUAUUCAAGAAAAGUGGCGCAAGAAAUGGCAGGCUGCACAGCAGAGCUGUAGUCAACUUCAGUGGAGGGUAUUCGAGUUGUCGGAAGCGAACAAUUCUCUUGAAGUGCAGCUAAAACACGCGAGGAGCAUGGCCGAGACGGAAAUGAGGAAACGGCAACGAGCCGAGAGUCAAGUGGAGUACCUGGAACGUCAAAUAUUUCUUAUUCGGGAACUGCUGAGUGAUCGAGAUAAGAUGAGUGCAUUACCAGAGGAGGAGAGGAGGAGAGAACUGGAGUUAUGCAUUGCUGUAAUAGAAGAGUCAUUGUCAUCAUCGAAUAUUCCAUCAGAAGUGAGUGUGGAGCCUAACUCAGAGGACCUACUAGAUGUCAGUAAACUGAGAAAUGAUCCUGUUUGGAGGCGUUCUGCACAAAUAGAAUUGAAAGAACCCUCAGUACCACAAGGAGAACACGAGACAGCUGGAGCAAAGAGAGUAAAGUGGUUUUGUGAUGAUCAUCAGGAUGCAAUUGGCCAGCAACCAGUUUAUAUAACAAACAUCACUGGCGUUUCUUUCGAUGAACCGUUGCUGCAUGACAGUUCACCAUCGAAUAUUCCUCCAAUAGAAAAGAAGUUCAAACGCCCAUCAGCAAAUGGAAGCAGGAGAAGACCAUCAAGACAGCAUCUAAAAGACAUGGCAAAUGUUGCAGGAUCUUUAUACUGUUCUGCAGUGUGUCACACUCCUUGCAGAGACAAGGUGCCUCUACAGUGUAUCCCAGCUAAUCGAACUCUGAGCAAGGCUUCAAAAAUGGAAGGCUUGUUGGAUUCUUUCUGUCCAUCUGUUCGUCCCAAAGUUCCUGUUUUGAUUGUACGAUGUGUAAGAGAAGUUGAACGACGAGGACUAACUGAUGUAGGGCUCUAUCGUCUCUGUGGAGCUGAAAAAGAUAUCAAGGACAUCAAGGACAAAUUUUUGAGAGGAAAGAAUCCUGACUUGACGCUUGUGGCAAACAUCAAUGUUCUCUGUGGUGUUCUCAAAGAUUUUCUUCGUAGCUUGAAGGAACCUUUGUUGACAAGAAAUUUAUUUGGAGCGUUUUCUCUUGCUGCUGAUUCAACAAAAGACGAAGAAAGUCUCAGCAUGAUAUUUGAGGCAGUUGCUGAGCUACCAGAUGCUAAUAAGGACACACUGGCAUAUUUGAUGCUUCACUUACAGAAAGUGGCAGCUGGUUGUGAAUCAAACAAGAUGUAUGCCAGCAGUUUGGCUAAGAUCUUUGGCCCGACUCUUGUUGGCUACUCCGGAACUAACACAGAUGCUCAAACAAUGCUGGAAGACACAAGGAGGCAGCCAGUAAUUAUAGAAAAAUUGUUGAGUAUGCCGUCUGACUAUUGGGAGCAAUUUCUCAUCGUGGAUGAUGACACUGCAGAUACUAAGACUCCUGCAAGACGAGAACAACAGCAAGGAAGGAAUGAGAACACACCAACAACACCAGAGCCCCGACCAGGUCCUGAUUUUUGUCAGAUUGGAAGGUCAACUAAGAGACCUGGAAUGACAACUCCCUCAACACAAAGAUCACCUCUUAGUCCAAAGUUUGGCAGCAAAGGCAAACAAUCAGUGAAGAAAGCACACUAAUUUUCAUCACAAUUCACAAAAUGAUAAACCUGUCUGUAGCUCUGCAAUUCGCUUAUAAGAUUGGCUGACAGUGCAAUUGAUGUACAGUGUUUUAUAGUUCAGAGCCAUCUAUUUAUUCACAGUUGAUUAUUGUAGUUCAGUAAUAAGUUUGACGUUAUGCAUUGUUUCUCGGCUUUUGUCUGCCUUCUUGCAUUGUCUCCCAAG